CGUCGGUCGGGCCGGUUGAUUCUUGAACAGCAGUUGUUGAGCGGUUCUCACCGUUAACGGUUGUGUGGAUUGAGCUCUCCGAAAUUAAUUCUUACUUUCGCGUAUCGCGUACGUUCAUCCCUUGUUGAGACUUGGAGAUUUGUCUCAGUGCUUGAUCAUGGCCUCCAUGUUGAAGCGAGAGCGGAUCAGCGCCAAGCGGGUUCUCGUGCCGCAUCGUUCCGCCCAUUCGCAAGUGUUGACCCCCAAACGGUUGGAUUUUUCCGGCACGGAAGAGGAUUCCGAAUCCAACACGAGUAGUCCACCCAAACGAGCCAAGCGUCAGGUCCAAGUUCACUCCCCGGCCACGCCCACCACUCAUCUCAAGUUGGCCCAGGGCCCGAUCCAUUCUCCCAAUGGCUCUGAUGAAUCGGGGCGUCGUCGUAAAGCCCGCCCAAAGUAUCCUCGAUUGAUUGAAACCGGUCUCAAGGGCAUGAGGUUGUUUGACGAUGGACCCCAUCGACCCGUGACCUCCCCCAAGACCGUGCCGAAGGGCGAGCCUGAAAGCCGCAGUUGGGAAGCGGCUCGAAAUCGGAGGCGAUCCGAACCCAGCACCGUACCCUUACAAGGGACGCCCAUCGGACCCAUGCGCAGACGAUUGACCUUGGAGAAGAAGAGCUCGGCGCAAGCUCGAAGACCUGUGCGCAAGAACCGAUUGGCCAAUAUCAACCCAUUCACACCAGAUGUGGCUCGCCUCUUGGGCUUGGAUGACACGCCCAGUAAAGCUGCUGCCGCUCAAGACGGAUCGUUCACGCCUGUGAGCAAUCACCCUCCUCGUUGUUCGUACGAGGAUCUCAAGAGUUCCAUCCAGAAGUCCUUGGAUCAGAUUUGUCAGAACACGCCCUCCGAUGGAAACGAUUUGAGCUUCUUUUCCGACUCGCCGCCCUCCAAAUGCAAGAGCGGAAGUGUCUCCACCACCUCCAGAUACGAUGAUGAGUUCAUGGAGAUCAAACAGUUGGGCAAUGGAUCCUUCGGACAGGUUAAGAUCGUUCGGCAUCGUCUCGACGGAUGCAUCUAUGUUGUCAAGAUUACGGGCACAACCCAAGAUCGCGCCGUCAUGAAUGAGGUAUUCGCCCAUGCCGCCCUCAUGAAGCACAAGCACAUUGUCAGAUACUACAACAGCUGGAUCGAAAAAGGCCGGAUCUUCAUCCAGAACGAGUUCUGCGAGGGUGGAUCUCUUGACAAGCUCAUCACGAAGAAAGUCGUGGGUCAGAAGAAGUUCACGGAGAACGAACUCAAGCGUAUCCUCUUUCACUUGUCCAAAGGAUUGCAGUACAUCCACUCCAAGAAUCUCGUCCAUUUGGACAUCAAACCCGCUAACAUCUUCAUCUCAAUGGACAACACGCCGAGUUUGAGUCCCACUUCAAGUGUGGAAUCCUGUUCUUCUCAAGCCGAGGCCGAGCUCGAAACGGAUACCGAUGUCGCGGCCUUGGAUGAUCUGCCCAGCAUUCAAACCAAAGAAGAUCCUCCCCCAGCCGAAGCCAUGCAGGUCACCGCCACCCCUCAUCGUGUCUCAAGAUCCGUUCAGACCACGCCCAGGAUCCAAAAGACGCCCCAGGUUCAGGCCAAGGGCAAGACGCACGAGUCCACGGAUUCCGGCAAUGUCUCGUCUGGAUCGGAAAGUAAAGCCGAGGAAAACAUUCUGGACAAGGGUGUGUCAUUCAAGAUCGGCGAUCUCGGGCACAUUUGCUCGCUGAAUGGCGAUUACAUGCCCGAGGAGGGCGAUUGUCGUUACAUGGCACCGGAGCUGUUUGCCAAUGACAUCGUUCGAGACAAUCUCUUCAAGGCCGAUAUCUUCUCUCUGGGCUUGACGAUUUAUGAAUGCGCCACCCAAAAACCUCUACCCAAGAACAGUCUCGACGGUGGCGACCUCUACGCCACUCUCCGCUCUGGCAACCCGCCUCCAAUGGAAGGCUACAGCGAUGAAUUCAACGCUCUGAUCAAGAGCAUGCUCUCGCCGGACGUGAUGGUUCGACCUUCAGCCUCUCGACUCGUGUCCCAUCAACUCGUGAAGAGUGUCAUCAACAAGACUCGAAGCAAUUUGGAUCUCUACAAAGAGCUGCGAGAUACCCGAAUGAAGUUGAAAGAGCUCGAGCAAAACUUGGCCACGGCCAAUUUGAAGAAGAAGCUCUUGGUUGGACGUGGGGCCCGGAAAUCCAACUCCAGCUAUUGAAUCAUGGAUUGAUUAAGAAGCAAGAGAUGGAAAGCUAUUUCGAACAAUGAACGGGUCUUGUUUUUUAGUUGGUAAGGAUAAUCUGUACAUAUGCUGAUAUCUCUCAUUAAUUUUUCUCUUCCGAGCUAUUUUGCCAAAAACAAUCGGCCCUUCACAAGCAUCUCUCGCUUGUGUUAUGCCACUGAUGUAAUGAUACUUAUGUUACAAGAUGCAAUAUUUGGGAAACCAAGAAAGUAAUGAACGUGUUCUCCCCAACUCCACUUUCUUCCAUUGGCUACUGAUACUUUAUAUGUAUGAACCGUAGUAGCUGUACGCCCUCUUGUGCCUUCAUUCACAUUAUUUAUCCAAUCUAUGUGUCGUCAGACCUGCUAUUUAAAAAUAAGCCCAAGCGCUCAAGGUUCAUGUCAAUCGUGAAUGAUUUUUAACAGUCUGACUGCGAUUUAGUAUCCUUCUUAUUCUGUGUGCUCUAUUUGAUCAUAUUCUUGGGUUUCCAACGUGAUCGAACGAACUUUCGUUUGUCCUUUUUAUGGUUCUGUAUGAAUGCUGUUAUGAAUGCAUAUCGGAUAAUGACACCUUGAUUAUCAAUAAACUCAAUCCUGACAA